GAUUUUGGCCAAUGUGAUGCAAAAAAGUGCACAGGACGCAAGCUUUCAAGAUUUGGGUUUUUGAAAGAAUUGCGUGUCAAUAAUGGUUUUGGAGGCAUUGUUUUGAGUCCAGUUGGGACGCUUUGUGUCUCAAGAGAAGAUUAUAGCUUAAUCCAGAGAAAGGGAUUAGCUGUUGUGGAUUGCUCUUGGGCACGCUUGGAUGAUGUACCGUUCGUGAAGCUGCGUUGCACUGCUCCUCGCCUCUUGCCUUGGCUUGUAGCAGCAAAUCCGGUAAAUUAUGGUCGACCCUGUCAACUAUCUUGUGUGGAGGCAUUAUCUGCAGCUUUAUUCAUAUGUGGAGAAGAAGAAACUGCAAAUUUGUUGCUUGGAAAGUUCAAAUGGGGUCAUGGUUUCUUGUCCCUCAACAGGGAACUUCUAAAGGCAUACUCUAAAUGUGAAAAUAGUGCUGAUAUUAUUUCAGUCCAAAAUGAUUGGCUUUCACAAAAUAGUCAACUUCCAAAGGUUCCUGCAGAAGUGAAAGGAGCAGACGAGUCAUCCCUCAUUGAAGAUGAGGGCUCUUAUGAUUCCGACGAUGGACUUCCACCACUGGAAAGGAAUAUGAAUCAUUUAGACAUACAGGAAAGUGAUGAUGAAAGUGAGUAACGAAGGGAAAAUGUUAUAUUUCCAGUGUGAUUUAAUAUGUAAAAAAUGCUCUUAAAGACUUUUUCUAGCUGACUAUACUAAUAUAUCUAAUCAGCACGUGAUUUUGGCUUUUGGUAUGUGCUGAGGUUUGUUUUAUUAAUUAUUGUAAUUUCAAUUCUUUUUGUUUCAUGCCAACUAAAAUCCUUUUGCUCCCCGAGUGACGAUUUUUACGUUUAUGGCCAUGUUUGUCAAUUGCAA